UUUCUGUCUCAACAGCAACAAUAUCCUCGAUAUAAUGGCUGUUCCUCCUGCAUACUCAGACCUGGGAAAAGCGGCCAAGGACAUUUUCAGCAAGGGUUUCGGUUUUGGGAUUGUUAAAUUGGACCUCAACACUAAAUCUCAAAAUGGAGUGGAGUUCAACACAUCUGGAUCCACCAACACGGACACGGGAAAAGCCGGCGGGAGUUUGGAGACCAAGUAUAAGAUGAAGGAUCUUGGAUUGAGUUUGAACCAGAAGUGGAACACAGACAACAUGUUCAGUACAGAAGUGUCUGUGGAAGACCAGCUGGCGCAGGGGUUGAAAGUGGCCCUGGAUACGUCUUUUGUACCAAACACAGGCAAGAAAAGCGGUAAACUGAAGACUGGCUACAAGCGUGACUUCGUCAAUGUGAGCUGCGACAUUGAUUUCGAGGGUCCGGUUGUGCACUCUGCAGCGGUUCUGGGAUACGAAGGCUGGCUUGUGGGCUACCAGAUGGCCUUUGACACGGCCAAAUCCAAACUGGUGCAAAAUAACUUUGCUCUGGGAUACAAGGCCGGAGACUUCCAGCUUCACACCAACGUUAAUGACGGAGCUGAGUUCGGAGGAUCUGUCUAUCAGAAGGUCAGUGAUCAGCUGGAGACGGCCGUCACUUUGGCCUGGACUUCAGGCAGCAACAACACACGCUUUGGAGUUGCUGCAAAAUACCAGCUGGAUAAAGAUGCCUCGGUGUCUGCCAAAGUGAACAAUGCCAGUCUGAUUGGAGUUGGUUACACUCAGAGUCUUCGACCUGGUAAUCAUGUUAAAAUGACUUUAAAUAUCUUGCAAUUAAAGAUUAUUAAUAGUGGUGGACACAAAGUAGGACUGGGUUUUGAACUGGAAGCAUAGCUGCCGUAGAGCAAAAGACACAGAAGAAGAGGGACCCAAUCCUCAUGUUGUCCCUCCUACAUCACACACUAGCACUCGAUGACUAAAAACACUUAGCGGCAUGUUGAUGCUUUUUGCAAGUUUGUGGGAGCUGAGUGAUUCAAUCUCAACCGGCCGUAAGACCUGGCCUUCUAAGGGAAAUAUUUGCAGAUCACCUAAUUUAUUUAACGAAAGCCGUAUAUUUACGUAGAGCACCUGCAGCAAACCAAAUUACACAAGUAGCGGUAGAUUUGCGAGCUUGGAGCGUUUUUCUGGUGAUUUGUAGCAUUUGAUUUAUAGCGUCGGUGAGCAAAGAUCAUAAAUUUGCAUGGUUGUAGUUGAGGUUAUUUCUCAGGAUGCUGCAUUAGAGUGAUGUUGCACUUCUAGGGCUUUAGGCCUCACAGGAAACUGAACAGACAGCAUGCGUAUUUUUAGAGCUUGCAACACUAUCUAUUACACACUCAUUGAUGGUUAGAGAGCAACUCUGUCUUGUGGCAAAAUAUGCCGCUAGCAAACCAUUUCAAAAGUGUACAAAUGAGCUUUUUGUGCAUUGAACUCUUUAUGG